CUCCCUGCACCAUGGUCCACGCUGAGGUCAUGGCGCUGGACGCAAGGCGGUUAUGGACAGUCACAGGUCUUGCCCUUGUGGUGGGAGCGAAGGGCUUCGUGCACCACCCACUGCCGUGUGCAGCAAGAGAGGCUACGGAGAUGGGUCGACACUCGGCGUCUCGCUCUUCACCCUCGCCUGCUGCCCAGCGUGCGUUGCCGCUGCAAGCCACGCGGAGAAGGCCACGCGCUGUUGAUGGCACCGCUUCGUCGUCGUGGGGCUGCUACGAUCGCAACGCGGGCAGGGGCGUGUCAGCGGUUGGGUCUUUGUUCUCCGUACAGCAAUCGGUCGAUGGGGGAGUCAUGCUCCCGCCCGCGGAGAAGGCCGAUGAAUACGCUGCAUUUUUGUCCGAGUCCAUCCGAGAGCAUCUGAAUGACGAGUGGAUGGAGCAGGACUGCCACAAGGACAUUGGGGAAGAGGUGGCCAGGCUGUACCUCGCCGCUUUCGAUAAGGGCGACACUGACAUGACCACCCUGGUGCUAGACAUGGGGUCAGCGAUGGAGCAGUUCGACAUGGGGGACGCGUUCGUUGGGGCGUGGGACAUCGCCAACCUUGUGUCGGACUUCUUGAUGGAGAAGAUGGGAGCGGAGACGAGCGUCUGCAGCGCCAAGGCCCCCAAGACGCUGCCCUCCGCUGGCAGCGACGCGUUCCGUCUCACCUCGGACAAGGUGGAACAGAUGCAGGCGGACCUAACGUCCGACUUCGCCCGGUACCGCUUCCUGCUGGACUUGAUGGAGGGCAACACCGACUGGGAGCAGGCGAACACGAUCAUGGCCGUGUACCAGGGCUACCCCGUCGAGGGCGAGGAGGAGGAGGAGGGUAGCCGGCCGGGGGUGCGCCAGGGGUGGUCGGCCGCGUUUCCUGGAGCAACGCCUCCGGACUUGAGCUCGGCGGAGGGCUUGGUGGAGGCCUUGCAAGCAGACUUUCCGGACGAUCCGGAUCUGCUCGAUGGACUGGAGGUGAUCGUGGAGACCGUGUACGGAGGCGAAGCGAAAAGGUUGCACCAAGGUGAUCCCGACAACGGGGUCCCUCCCGAGCCGCUGUACUUGAGACGAUCGACCUUGUGCAAGUGGCUCUACCUCGUGGGGUUUCUGUCGGACGACAUCAAGAGAGCACCGGACGAUCCGGAGCAGCUCGCAGAACUUAUUUCGGGCAGGGCGCGGCUGAAACAUCAAAAGAAAUAAGAAAGAGUCGGUGUUGCACGGCUUGGGGGGAACGUAAGCAUGUCGCUUUUUCGACUGUCCCGAAGGGAGACUACGAGGGGUGGACAACGGUACAAGCCGGAACGAGUGAAAAGAACGAGAGGAGAGAUCCAGCGAUAUCGGUAGCCCACCAGGUGUGGUCUACAUAAAGAAGAAGCACAUAGGGACGGUACACCAUACCGGUCUUGAGGGGCCGAACAGCUGCACAUCAGGGAAUGUUGAGGCGCUUGGAGGUUUUGUGAUGCUCCUGUAUGCACGGGGGAGGAUAUGCUUCCUGUGGCUGCUGUGGAUUACGUUUCUUCCUCUCGCCUGAGUCUGCAAGAGCAGUUUUUGUUGUGUGAGAGAUCUCAAUUCUCAAAAUUGAGGUUGGUUGAUUCUUAGACCCCGUGAGACAGACUGCUACGCGACGGCAGCAGGAUUUGAGAGAGACACGAGUACGGGUCCCCCUGCAACGCGCUGUGAGAGAUGGGGCCCCGCUCACGGGCCUCUCCCCUGUCCCCGGCGCCCCUUCGUUUUUACCACGAGACAGCAUAGAUUGAGCGAGAGAUUUGCACACGCCGUACCAGAUCUACGACAAGAGCAGUCAGUGACAUGCCCAGGCAGCGAGGCAGAGAAUGGAGUCCGUCUAUCCGGACUACUGUAACAACACGGAAG